AUGAAUACAAAAAAUAAACUGACCAUUGAAUCGAAAAGUGAUGUUGUGAAAUAUCUCAAUGAAUUCGGCUAUAAUCCCUGUGAUGAUGCAAAUGGUUUACUUUGUUCGCUCAGCUUGUCGAGUAUGUUAAAAGAUUAUCAACGACGGUUUCGAUUACACAUUACUGGUGUCCUCGAUAAUGCCACUAAAAACCAGAUGAGUCAAUCACGUUGUGGUAAUAAGGAUCCGCCUCUUGGUUUAUCGAAAAAUGUUGUUGCCUCGCUAGCACAAAAAUGGUCACGCUCAAUAUUGACCUGGUCGUUGAGAAGAUAUUCUUUGCGUAUUGGUGAAGCACAAUCGCACAGAAUCCUUCAGCAAGCUUUCGAUGCUUGGUCUCAGCACAUUCCAUUAGAUAUCAGGCAAGUCUGUUCUGGGUGUUCGUCAGAUAUCGUUGUGGACUUUGGUUCAACAGAUCAUGGUGACCGUUAUCCUUUUGAUGGACCCGGCCGAACGUUGGCACAUGCGUUUUCUCCUGAAGAUGGUCGAAUACAUUUUGACGUGGAUGAGCCUUGGACUACUAGUUACGACGACAACAGCAAUGACAUCAAUUUUUAUGUCGUCGCAGUUCACGAGAUUGGUCAUGCACUUGGUUUAGAUCACGCUUAUGAGAAAUCCGCAAUAAUGUACCCUAGCUAUCAACUGUUCAGAGAAAGAGACAUUUUACCGUAUUACGAUCGGAUCCGUAUUCAACAAAUCUAUGGAUCGGCUUCAAAGGUAACCACGCGGAGUACAACAAAGAAAACCACUACACCAAGAACAACAAUAACAAAGAAAACCACUACACGAACAACCACAACAAAGAAAAUAACUAUACCAAGAGCCACAACUAAGGCUACACCAAAAUCUACAACGAAGACUACCAAAAAAGUCACAACAAGACCGAAAGUAACCACUAGAUCCACUAUGAAUCUUCCUUCAAAAGCCAAGCUUCCUUGCAAAGUCUUCAUCGAUGCGGCAUUCGAUUUUCCAGAUAAAUCGUUUCAUGUGUUAGACACUGGAAUGCUGAGGCGCUAUUUACUCAAUAAGAAAAAAUGGGAUAGAUGGAUCUUACCUUUUGAACAAGUCUACCGUGGUUUACCGAGUCGAAUCACAGCUGGCGCUUACGAUUUCUCUAGGAAUGAAGUUCUCAUCUUUACUAGUACACGCGUCUAUCGAUACAAAAUUAAUCUACGCACCUAUCAAGCCGAAUAUCGUAAAGACGAUUCUUUACCAGAUCAUUUACAAGGUGGCAUUGUUGGCGCUAUUUCCUAUCAGGAUAGAAUCCAUGUUAUCAAGGCAAAGACAUUGCAAUCGUUUGAUAUAAAGAGUUUCAAAAUAAAAUCAAACGAAAGAAAACUUUGUGAUGAAUUUCCACGCUUUUCUGGUUCUGUAAAAGCGGCAUUUACCUCUGGUUAUCUUCAUCAUUUCUUUACCAAUGAUGGAUUGACUUACGUUUGGGAUGAACAAUUCAAUCGAUGGAAAACAUUCGCUAAACCAAUGGAAUCCAACUGGUUUGCGUGUACGAAAAAACUAUGA